UCCCUGACUAGCAAACUAUGACGCCGUGAUGACGUUACUGCGGCCGCUGACGGUACCGUCCAGCGUGUGACGGUAUAAGAGAGGUCCCCGAGCUGGUCACUACUUGUCACCUGACCGGUCAGACGAGCCAGCCUGUGUGUGUGUCGCGCGUGCCCGACCCGCAGAGUGACCACGGAGACGGCCAGGUGUCCACACAGAACUGCACUGUCCACCCUCUGUGUCUGCUUUCUACAACUUUCUUUUUUUAAACACAGAGAGAAGAACUCGAAGCACACCCAAACACCAUGAUGGACAGCACAAAGACAAUGAAACUUCUCUGUUUCGCAGUUCUAUUCCUCGCAGUCACAUCCGCUUUCCCGUUCUUUGGCCGGAGAAACCGCCCCCGCUCCCGUCUGUUCGGCAGCCGAUACCCGGCCCCGCGGUACAACUCUGAGCCCAAGCGGCCGCCCAGCCGUCCCUUCACGAUACCCGGGUUCGAGUCCGUCAGCAGAGGCGCCAACAGACGCAACAACAACUUCGGCCUUGACAUUGGUCUAGGGGGCCGGGCUCUAAUCGAUCCCAUCGCUAGUCUGUACGACACGCCGGGUGCCGGGGGAGGGGGUGGUCUAGAUCAGCUGGCCUUUGUGGACAGUACGGGCUCUGGUUUAGAUCUAGGAGGCGGGCUGUUCAACACUCCGGUACAGCUGCAGGAUCAGUUUAUGUCGACCGCCGCCAACAUGCCUUCUCAACAGUUAGGAUUUCUGGACCAACAAACUGGUCAGUUUCUGUCGGCCGCCAGCUCCCGGAAUAUCGGCAUGCUAGACAUGAACGCCGCGAACCAGCCCUUGGAUAUCCGGCAAUACGACAACCAGAUGCUGGGCGGGAAUCAGCUGACCCUUGAAGCCACGCAGGUCCCGAUGACCGUUGGUCAGAAUAAUCUCCAGAUUGGCCUUGGGAAUACUGACAACUUCGGUUCUGGCCUGGGCGGUCAGCUCGGGAUGACCAACAAUGGCAUCUCUCUGGGGGUGAACCAGCUGUCCCAGAAUCAGCUGACAUCGAACAACGGACAGCUGAGCCUCAACAACUUAGGUGGAAGCCAGCUAGGCGGCAUAGACACAUCACAGCUGGGUGUAAACGGCUUUGGGACCUCUGUAAACGGCUUAGGUACUUCUGUAAACGGCUUAGGUAAUUCUGUAAACGGCUUAGGUACUUCUGUAAACGGUCUAGGUACUUCUGUUAAUGGUUUAUCAACUUCUGUAAACGGCUUGGGAACCUCUGUAAACGGCUUAGGCACUUCUGUAAACGGCUUAGGCACCUCUGUAAAUGGCUUAGGAAACUCAAUGAACGGUCUAACAUCAAAUCAAGCUGGACUGGGCAAUUCACAACUCGUGGGUAUGAGCGGUGUCGGCGGGAACCAACUCACGGGUCUUGACGCGUCACAACUGUCUGUAAAUGGCUUAACCUCUACCCAAGUCGGUCUGGGAACAACGCAAAUGGGGAUGAACUCUCUAGGCGGAGGUCAGCUUGGUCUGGACUCAACCCAGAUGGGGUUUUCCGGCCAAAAUGGCGCUUUGGGGGGUUCCCAGAUUGGCAGCAACAACAUCCUGAUGGGGUCGAAACAGACGGGUCAACUUACGGGAGGUCAACUGGCCGGCAACCAGCUAGGCUCCACUCAACUGGAUUACACCGGCGGUCAGUUGGCGCUCACUAACGGGCAGAUGGCUCUCGGGAACGGACAGGCACAGGGCGGCAGGGCUCAGCUGGGGGCAACUCUCAACCAGAUGAACCAACUGGACCAGCUCGGAAUGGCGGGGGCUGCUUACCAGGACCAAAUGGCCGGCGUCCUGCCCACCCAGAUGACUUUGACCAACAACCAACAGUACCUGUCUCCCUCCGAAGCGACCCCAACGGUCGGGACUGCCAUGGCGACAGGCCUCAGUCAGUUGGGACAACAGACGAACGGGCAGAUGUUGGUGUCGACUAACCCAGGAGGGAAUACUGCAACCAGCCAAAUGCUGGGUGCUAACUCUCAAAUAAGCCCAGGGAUGAAUUUGGCGUCACAGGUCGGCAUGUCACAACUAACCACCGGACAAUUGACAUCCGGGCAAUUGUCACCCGGACAGUUGACAACCGGACAAUUGUCACCCGGACAAUUGACAACCGGGCAAUUGACAUCCGGACAAUUGAGCCAACAAGCUGGCAUGCAACUGACAGACCAAAUGGCGGGCUGAUGGAGGCCUGAAGACGUUGUUCCUUCUCACCAGCUGAGAUAUUCUGAGAACUUUCCAAAGUGUUGAGCAGAACAGUGGCGUGUCCAGGCCAAGAGAAAUCAGACCUAGGACCGCAGCAAGAAAGAUCUCUUUCUGAACACCAUGCCUAGGAGUUUUUUGAACGGUAUGCUAACGAGUUUUAAAGAUAUUCCUUCUGAACAUCAUGCCAAUGAGUUUUUAAAGAUUUUCUUUCGAGCGGCAUGAGGUUUUAAAGAUUUCCUUCCUUUCAUAAGGCAUGUGUAUGUGGUUUUAAAGGUUUUGUUUUGAACAUAAUGCUCAUGAGCUUUUAAAGAUUUCAUUUUUGAGCCCCAUGCCAAUACGUUUAAAAAGAUAUUCUUUCGAAUGACAUGCCAUGGAGGUUUAAAAGAUUGAUUUCCUUUCGAACGCAUGCCUGUGAGGUUUUUAAGAUUUACUUUUGAACAUCAGUCAAUGAGUUUUUGAUAGAUUUAAUUCUGAACGGCAUUCCUGUGAGCUUUUAAAUGAACCUUGCUUUCAAGAAAGAACACUGACUUUGCUGUUCCGAUUUGUUCACUGAACUUAGAAUUAGCUUUUAAAGCUGAAAAAUGUCUAAUAAUAGCACCUCUUGGAGAUAGGAAAGAGUAAAAAUACUAAAUCAACAUAUUAGAAAAGACAAGUGGUCACAUGACAGUUUGUAAUUGUUCUGUUUUCGAUGUUUUGGGUAUCUUAUACAAAUUUGAAACUUCUAUUUCAAAACUGUUGUCAUUUCAGUCUGACACUUUUCUGUUACAUUGUUUUUGUAACAGUUACAAUAUAGAUGUUUUUAUUAUAUAAGUAUUAUCAUUUCACGUUCAUACUAGCAUACUGUUUUUUGUUAUUAUUGUUCUUAUAAUCACUGAUACCAUCAGAGGACUCUUUCAUCCUUCAAAAUAUCCAAGUUGUUGGCCAACAGUUGUAACAGUUGUUAUUUUAAUGCUGUUUUAAAAAAAAAGUUAAGAAUGCAGCUUUUUACAGUAAAGAGGUUAGAAUGUUAAAGAAAACAACGUUACGUUUUACUUUAAUUGUUUUGGCAUUGUUAAAAAUAGUCAUUAAUGUGUCAAUGAUUGCCUUAAUAUUCUUGAAAAAGUACUGGGGCUAAUUGUUAGUCGCUCCUAGCGGAUUAAUUACUUUUCCUACAUACAAUUUGUCGGUGUUUAACAUUGUGUAACGGCGUUACUUUUACAUAAUAGCGUGACAUCGUGACACGCCGUUACAUCAUGUAUGCAGCGUCUGCAGUCUAUGGGGAAAGGUGGCUAUUAAUUAACAAAAUCUAUAAUCUCUGAUGUCUGUAUUGCGAUGAGCAAUUUCGCUACCUCAGAAUUACAAAGUUUCUUUCUGACAUUUUAAAAUGUUUUUAGUUACUGAGACCAUAAGCCCAGAAACCAGUAUGUUAGAUCUAUAUCUGCUCUGCCAAACUCAAAAGAUUAUUCAGAGUAGUUUAUCAAGGUAUUCAAAGAAUUACGUUCGAAUACGCUUGACAUUUUAUGAAACUCAAAAAUUUGACCACAAGUUGCUCAAAACUGGGUACUGAGCAGAAAAGACUUUGUUAUUCUAAGGUAGCGAGUAGGCGUACAGUACACAUUGAAGACAGCAAUGGCUUCUGUUUUU